GGAGGGGGCGGGGCUAAAGGCGCUAGAAGGCGGCCGCGGCGCUGUCUGCCCCAGACAGUGACGGAGCGACAGUCAGCGCAGCGCCGGUCCCGCAGCGCCCGACGAACGAAGCAAUCAUGAGUGAUCGAAAGGCAGUGAUCAAGAAUGCGGACAUGUCAGAAGAGAUGCAGCAAGACUCUGUGGAGUGUGCAACUCAGGCCUUAGAGAAGUACAACAUUGAGAAGGACAUUGCUGCUCACAUAAAGAAGGAAUUUGACAAGAAAUACAAUCCCACUUGGCACUGCAUCGUGGGAAGGAACUUUGGCAGCUACGUGACUCAUGAGACCAAGCACUUCAUCUACUUCUACCUCGGCCAAGUCGCUAUUCUUCUUUUCAAGUCUGGUUAGAACCCCAGACUAUUACCAAACCUUGCACCUGCUUAUAGGACUGCACACUAACUCCAAACAGCCUCCUUCCUUCAGCCUUCCUGAGGAGGCAGACCUUGAUCUUCAGGUCUUUUGUUGUAUUGUUAAUAGUCAGGGAUUUUGCUGUAGCAGCUGGUAUUUUGAUUGUGGUUAUAAAAAAGGCAAAAAUGUCUUCCUUGUAUUUAUUUUCUUUUGAAAGACAGCUUCUUUGCUAAUAAAACUGUUGAAAAAUGUU